AUGCGCGGCUACAAAAUAUGCGGCGGACGAGGACACGGCUACACCAUCGACGCACACUCGAAGCCAACCACACACGCACCAAAGCCGAACACAACACACUCGGCAGAGCACGAAUCAGACUGCGCCGCAUCACCCGAAACGGCAGGCCCUACCACCCCGAAGCCCCACACGGGACAAGCAACGCCUACGCCUCCUACCAAUGCCGAUGCGACGAAUGCCGAGCCUACAAAACCGGACAAGACAGCGCAGCGAGAGCCAAAAACGAUGACCGCCGACCUGCACUUCUUCGUCCCCGGAUCACCAGCACCACAAGGCAGCAAGAAGCACAUCGGCGGCGGACGAAUGAUCGAAUCGUCCGCAGCACUGAAACCAUGGCGCAACACCAUCAGCACCGUCGCCCACCAAGCACUGAAAGAUGCUGGUGGGCAACUCGAAACAGGCGCAGCACGACUCAACCUCAUCUUCGUCAUGCCACGCCCCAAAGCCACCCCGAAGUCCCGGACACCACCCGCAGUUAAGCGACCGGACCUCGACAAAUUGACCCGCGCAGUGUUCGACGGCAUCACCAACAUCCUCAUCGCCGACGACUCACAGAUCACCAAACUCGGGGCUUCGAAGGUCAUCGCAGACAUCGGAGAAACCCCCGGCGUCCACAUCACACUCCGAAUCGAGCCCACACCA